AUGUGGCUGCGUGGAGCUCUGUUCCUGAACAGUGUUCGGACUUUGUUGGCGAGCUCUGAACAUUUGGCACAGCUUUGUGCUGCACAGAGAUGCAACGAGCCUGAGCAUCCAAUUCUUGACUACGACCAGGAUGCUCGUGAAUGUGUCUGCAGCUCGCAUCCUUGCUGGAAUGACAAUGGCCUGGAGCACACCUGCCGAGGGAAGUUCGGUUUUCCAUUCCUGACCUUCUUCUACAAUGAAACCAAGCACUUGGUGUGCGAAUGCAGCAGUUUUGCACACUACGGAUCGAUCUACGUCUCUCGAGACCUCUGCCCUGGUCAUCGAUGCGUGGACCCAGAACAUCCAGUGCUGGACUACGACGAGGAUACCGCUGAAUGUGUGUGUAAGUCUCAUCCUUGUUGGCACGACAACGGAAGGAGGCAUACAUGUUCCGAGAAACCGGGUUUCCCUUUGCUCAAAAUGCGAUAUCACGAGGUCGAUGGGCGCUUGGAGAGAGUAUGUGAAUGUGGUAUUUCUAUGGAAAAGGAUCAAUCGUUUCCUUUGUUCGAGUAUGACAAACCUGGUGCUGAUCCUGAUGAAGCAGACUUUGAAGAUGACAACGAGGAAUUUUAA